GAUGUUGGGAGAUGAAAAUGAAAGGCAGCAGUUCUGUUGGAAUUGUUUUCCAUGACAUCUAUUGUGGAGAUUUUUGACAUUAACAUCUUCCCAGUAGAAAUACUUGUAUGCAAAUCUUUUUCUUCAGGUGGUAAUUCUGAAGUAUCCUAACUGUCCUUGGUUUGAUAUGUAGUAUCUUCUGGUCAAGUUUGGAAGCAUUUGUGGUGCAACUGUGACCAAGAUUUGGAAACCAAAUGUUACCCACGUGAUUGCAGCCACAGAUACAAAUGGUGCAUGCAGUAGGACAUUGAAAGUUCUCAUGGCUAUUCUGAAUGGAAGGUGGAUCAUUACAAUGGACUGGAUAAAAGCUUGCAUGGAAGCAAAACAUCCUGUGGAUGAAGAACUAUAUGAAGUUAGCUUAGACAACCACGGUUGUUGGGAUGGACCCAAAACAGGCAGACUUAGGGCCUUAAUCAAUAAACCUAAGCUUUUCGGUGGCCUAAAUUUCUAUUUUGUUGCGGACUUUGUGCCAGCUUACAAGCAUGACCUCUUAAAUUUGGUACUAACAGCUGGUGGUACUGUUAUUGAAAGAAAGGAUCAGUUAAUGGGACAAAGUCAUGAUGCCCACAGAACUCCAUCAGCAACACUAGUAGUUUAUAACCAGGAUCCCCCACCGGGUUGCAAGCUGGGAGAAGAGGGUUCCAUUUUGUUGCAGAGAUCAGCAGCUGCACAGGAUUUGGCUAAUGAGAUUGGAUCCAAGGUCAUUACGCACACGUGGAUUUUGGAAUCAAUUGCUGCAUGCAAGCUGCAGCCUUUACCAUGUUAAGAAAAUUGACAUAUUAAUGUCAGGAUCCUUUUUGCUUCAAUCCCUUCAUGUAAAUUUAUCCCUCUUUUGAAUGAUGAUGAGAUAAAUCUAGUUCUUUUUUCCCUGGGGCUGCUUUAUCUUGAAUGUGUAAUAAGGGUUCAAUGUUAGCAAGUGAUUUU